UGUGUUAUAUUUUCCUCAUUUAGAACAUCUUCCUUAUCUUAUUCUCUCCACUAGGUUCUCCUAGAAACUUCUGAAGAUGGCUGGCAUAGCAUUUGGAAGGCUUGAUGAUUCAUUCAGUUUUGGCUCAAUUAAGGCCUAUAUUGCUGAGUUCAUCUCAACAUUGCUCUUUGUUUUUGCUGGUGUUGGUUCAGCCAUAGCCUAUGGUAAGUUGACAUCAGAUGCAGCUCUUGAUCCAGCAGGGUUACUAGCAGUUGCUGUUUGCCAUGGUUUUGCACUUUUUGUUGCUGUUGCAGUUGGUGCCAACAUUUCUGGUGGUCAUGUCAACCCUGCUGUCACCUUUGGAUUGGCUGUUGGUGGACAGAUUACCAUCCUCACUGGUAUCUUCUACUGGAUUGCUCAGCUUCUUGGAUCCAUUGUUGCAUGUUUUCUUCUCCAGUUUGUCACUGGAGGCUUGGAAACUCCAAUCCACAGUGUAGCAGCUGAAGUAGGACCAAUUGGAGGAGUUGUUACUGAAAUAAUCAUAACAUUUGGUUUGGUAUACACAGUUUAUGCCACAGCAGCUGAUCCAAAGAAAGGGUCAAUAGGCACAAUUGCACCCAUUGCCAUUGGUUUCAUUGUUGGUGCCAACAUAUUGGCUGCAGGCCCAUUCUCUGGCGGGUCAAUGAACCCGGCAAGAUCUUUUGGGCCUGCAGUUGUUAGUGGAAAUUUCCAUGACAACUGGAUCUAUUGGGCUGGGCCUCUUAUUGGUGGUGGUUUGGCUGGGCUUAUCUAUGGCAAUGUGUUCAUGCACACUGAACAUGCACCUCUUUCCAGUGACUUUUGAUUUUAUUGAAUUAUUAACUUAUUGUUAUUGGCUAUGUUAUGUAUGUGAUUCUUGUUCUGGGAUAAUGAAAAAGAGGAAAAGCAACUCUUGUUUUUCUCUUCUUUGUUUUUAGUUUGAUUGUAAAGUUGUUUAAGAGUAAAUCAUUGUUUGGUAAGAAUUCAAAAGAUUGGUGAUGUCUAGAAGUGCUUAUUAUCUCUAAAGGGUUGUUUUACUUUUUGAAAUUCCUUCUUUUGUUUUGAUAUCAUAGGGAUUGAUCCCUUUGGAUA